AUGGCUUUUCAAUUACAACUCUCUGGUGUCGUCCUGAAAAAUCUUUUUACCUCAGGUUUGCGUCCUGAUGUUAAGGAUCGGGCGUUAAAACAUCCGGAUUGGUUUAAGUGCUCUACUGUGGAAGAUCGACAAGCGGUAGCUUUAUUGGCAUCUGAGCAAGUCAUGCAUGUUAGUGCUAACAAUGCUUCUCUAGGACAAUCCAAUGUUAUGCAACGUGCGGCGUCCUCACCUCCUAUUGUCCAAGUACCUCGCGACCCGAAUGCUAUGGACGUUGAUGUCAAUGCGGCAGAUUCGCGUAGAGUUUUUCCUCCUUUACCUAAUGGAGUUUCUUUUGGAUCCUUUAUCAAGUUCUGUCAUGCGCGUACGAUGUGUCAUAAAUGUUUGAGAGCUUACGACUCGACGCACAAAGGACCGGAUGGAAGGAGUAUCCCUUGUCCUAAUCCACCUCCGAAGACUACUCAAGAAAUCAAAUCAUUUAUGCAACAUAAUCAAAGUCGACCGAACGUAGUAGCGGCUGUAUCUUCAUCACCUCAUCGAUUUCCUGCUGCGCGAGUUCAACGACAACAAGCUCAUUCGGUUCAAGUCCCUAAUCAACAAUUCUCACAUGCGUUACAGCAUGCUCCUAAUGUUUCAUCUGGAUUUUAUCAAGUACCGAUGAUGGCUCCGAUUUAUCACCAACCUCCUCAUAUGCAACCUUUUCAGUUUGGCCCACCGACUCAGGGUGUCACUCCUCUUCACCAUCCAGGAUUACCUGUUGCAAUGGGAAUGCCUCCGGCUUUGGGCGUUACGGAUCCUACCCAGCAGUCCUACUAA